AUGGCCAUCUUAGCCUUCCUCUACAUCUACCUCUCCGUCUUUGCUGGGUCAGGGUGGGGUGAGGUGGAGAUGGAGCUGAUCGACAGGUGGGCGUUUCAGGGUGAGAGGAUCAUCCAUGGGAACCCGUCAGGGGUGGACAACGCUGUGGGGACAUGGGGUGGCAUAUUGAGAUACCAUUCUGGGAAGAUAACACCCAUAAGCAGGGUCCCAAUGUUAAGGAUCCUACUCACAAACACCAAGGUCCCUCGCAGCACCAAGGUACUUGUUGCUGGAGUGAAGGACAAAAUGAACAAGUUUCCCUCUAUUAUAAAACCUGUACUGGAAUCUGUGAAUGCAGUCUCCUGCACCUGCGAGCAGACCUUAUCAGAGAUGGCCAGCGACACCCCCACACCCGAGCACUACAAUGUCCUGGAGGAACUCAUUGACAUCAACCAGCACCACCUGAACGUGAUGGGUGUAGGACACCCGGCCCUGGACACCCUGUGCCGGGUCACCCUGGCAAGAGGGCUACACAGCAAGCUGACUGGUGCCGGCGGAGGGGGCUGUGGCAUCACCCUGCUUAGACCAGAAACGGAGUGCUUGGUGGUCCAGGACACUAUCCAGGACUUGAGAGACUGUGGCUAUGACUGCUGGGAGACCAGUAUCGGUGCAGCAGGCGUGCAGCAGCACUCUCCCCUCGCUGUGAAAGAGGAGGUCCUGGAGGUUUUAGCACGUUACUGAGACCCACUGGCCAUGGGUGUGUCCUUCCUAUGGGUGAACAGGUGGCACUUUGCUCCAUGACUCUGCCCUACCAAGUCUUCUAUUGAUAAAGCCUGACAACGACCAAUAGAAGAGUUGGCUACAACACAAUACAGUAUGGGACAUGUGUAAAUGCUAAUAGCGCUUCUCUAACGACCAACCGUCAAGACAGACUCUUUGUUUCAGGGGAGGACAAUUGCUAAUCAACCACUCAUCAUUUCUUUUUCUGCCAUUUCAUGAGGUCAUGGAACUAAGAUUGUAGGGGCACUAGACAGGUGAUCACACCUCCCUUUGAAAUAAGUGGUUUUCUAGUUUUCAGAAAUGAUUGUUUACAAAUGUGGAUUUAAACUGUUUUAGGUUUAGCAUGAGCUUAUCAUGAAACUUCAAAAGAAGAUGUUACAAAAAAGCAAGAUAAACCCAGUGCAUAGCAUUGUGUCUAGGUGCUGGUUUUGGCAGGAACAACUAGUAUUAAAAAAUAAGUCAAAACCGCAUCGAAAAAAGACAGGCGACCGACCUUGACUCUAGUGUGUUUUUGUUUUUAAUAUUUGCAGUGCAUCAAACUCAAAGUUGGUCGCCUGUUUUUUUUCUUCCGUUUGGGAGAUACCCUUGUUUUUGAAUAUCAAUACCUUGGUUGACUUCUUGUUCGUCAUUUCAAAUUAGGGUGCUGUGAGCCAUUUGUCCUAUAGAUGGCAGCAAAAUGUAAGAAUUGACUAACCUCUCAUAACAGACUGAGCGAAUCAGAGCGAAGAGAUUGUCAUUCAGUGUUUGCUUCAGGUGUCAAUACAAUGCCAAAGCAGAUGCAUUACUUGUUAAACAAUCCUUUUAAA